GCGAGGAAGGAGGGGCGGCGGGGGUGACGGUGCUGGAGCCGCUGGCGGCGCCGGGGCGGUAGUCGGCGGCCCGGGCCUGCGGACGAGGUGGGCCGGAGGCCAGGUCAGCCGCCCGGACCCUCCGACGCAGCCCCGCACCGAGCGGCGGCGAUUUCUGGCGAGGUGGGGAGGCGCUGCCAAGCCCCAGCCGGGGAAGAUGUUCAACGUGGAGUCGGUGGAGCGGGUGGAGCUGUGCGAGAGCCUUCUCACUUGGAUCCAGACAUUUAACGUGGAUGCACCAUGCCAGACCGUAGAAGAUUUAACGAAUGGGGUUGUGAUGGCCCAGGUUCUUCAAAAAAUAGAUCCUGCAUAUUUUGAUGAAAAUUGGCUAAACAGAAUCAAAACCGAAGUAGGAGAUAAUUGGAGGCUAAAGAUAAGCAAUUUAAAGAAAAUUUUAAAGGGAAUCCUGGAUUACAAUCAUGAGAUUUUAGGACAGCAAAUUAAUGACUUUACCCUUCCUGAUGUGAACCUUAUUGGAGAACAUUCUGAUGCGGCAGAGCUCGGAAGGAUGCUUCAACUCAUCUUGGGCUGUGCUGUAAACUGUGAACAGAAGCAAGAGUACAUCCAAGCCAUUAUGAUGAUGGAGGAAUCUGUUCAACAUGUUGUCAUGACAGCCAUUCAAGAGCUGAUGAGUAAGGAAUCGCCUGUCUCUGCUGGAAAUGAUGCCUAUGUUGACCUUGAUCGCCAGUUGAAGAAGACUACAGAGGAACUGAAUGAAGCUUUGUCAGCAAAGGAAGAAAUUGCUCAAAGAUGCCAUGAGCUGGAUAUGCAGGUUGCAGCAUUGCAGGAAGAGAAAAGUAGUCUCUUGGCAGAGAAUCAAGUAUUAAUGGAAAGACUUAAUCAGUCUGAUUCUAUAGAAGAUCCCAACAGUCCUGCAGGAAGAAGGCAUCUGCAGCUCCAGACUCAACUGGAACAACUCCAAGAAGAAACAUUCAGACUAGAAGCAGCCAAAGAUGAUUAUCGUAUACGCUGUGAAGAGUUAGAAAAGGAAAUCUCUGAACUUCGGCAACAGAAUGAUGAACUAACCACUUUGGCAGAUGAAGCUCAGUCUCUGAAAGAUGAAAUAGAUGUUCUUAGACAUUCUUCUGAUAAAGUAUCUAAACUAGAAGGCCAAGUGGAAUCAUAUAAAAAGAAGCUAGAAGAUCUUGGUGAUUUGAGGCGUCAGGUUAAACUCUUAGAAGAAAAGAAUACUAUGUAUAUGCAGAACACUGUCAGUCUAGAGGAAGAGUUAAGAAAAGCCAAUGCAGCUCGAAGUCAACUUGAGACAUAUAAGAGACAGGUAGUAGAACUACAAAAUAGAUUAUCUGAAGAAUCGAAGAAAGCAGAUAAAUUAGAUUUUGAAUAUAAGCGGCUAAAAGAAAAGGUUGACAGUCUUCAAAAAGAAAAGGAUAGGUUAAGAACGGAAAGGGAUUCUCUGAAGGAAACCAUUGAAGAACUUCGUUGUGUACAGGCUCAAGAAGGACAGCUCACAACUCAAGGCUUAAUGCCUCUGGGAAGUCAAGAAUCUUCAGAUAGUCUGGCAGCAGAGAUUGUUACACCUGAAAUCAGGGAGAAACUUAUUCGUCUUCAACAUGAGAAUAAGAUGUUAAAAAUUAACCAAGAGGGUUCAGACAAUGAAAAAAUCGCCUUAUUGCAGAGUCUUCUGGAUGAUGCAAAUCUGCGCAAGAAUGAGCUGGAGACAGAGAAUAGGCUGGUAAAUCAAAGACUUCUGGAAGUACAGUCACAAGUUGAAGAAUUGCAAAAGUCUUUACAAGAUCAAGGCUCAAAAGCAGAAGAUGCUAUUUCAGUUCUUCUAAAAAAGAAGCUGGAAGAACAUCUGGAGAAGCUUCAUGAAGCCAAUAAUGAAUUGCAGAAGAAGAGAGCCAUUAUUGAAGAUCUUGAACCACGAUUUAAUAACAGCUCCUUAAAAAUUGAAGAAUUACAAGAAGCUUUACGAAAGAAAGAAGAGGAAAUGAAGCAAAUGGAGGAACGAUAUAAAAAGUACUUAGAGAAAGCCAAAAGUGUUAUCCGGACUUUAGACCCUAAGCAGAAUCAAGGAGCAGCACCAGAAAUACAAGCUCUUAAAAAUCAGCUCCAGGAACGGGACCGACUGUUCCAUUCUUUAGAGAGAGAAUAUGAGAAAACAAAGACUCAAAGAGAAAUGGAGGAGAAAUAUAUUGUUAGUGCCUGGUACAAUAUGGGAAUGACCCUGCAUGAAAAGGCGGCUGAAGAUAGACUUGCUAGUACAGGUUCAGGGCAGUCAUUUCUGGCUAGGCAAAGGCAAGCAACCAGCACAAGAAGAUCUUAUCCGGGCCAUGUUCAACCAGCCACAGCAAGGUAGACAAGUCUUGCCAUCAGAAUUAAAAAACACCCUGCAUUCAAAACAUACUUCUGUUACAUAUGACAACAUUUCAGGAAAUUCAGCCAGCUUAUUUUUUGUCUCUUUUAUGUUGGUAUUUAGUUGUUUCUCAUUUGAGGACUUUCUCUCUCCUCUAUCUAUAUUUUAGUUUCUUGGUUCUUUAUUUUGUAGUCCUUUCAGUUCCUUUUAAUGUGCCAAAAAUUUUUAAAUGCCCAAUUAAAAGUGUUGUAUAAUAGUGUAGUACUUUUCUUUGUAUGAAAAUGUCCUUUCCCCAAUGAUGUAGGCUUUGUAAUGAAUUAGAUUUUCUGCCAAUAAUUGAUAUACAAUUUAUAUUCUUUAUUGUGCCUCUGUGUUACCAUGCUUUAUAAGAAUGUCUUUGUUUAAAGGGAAUUAAUCUUUUUAUGAUGUAUUAAUCUGUGUUUUCAAUUGUUUUCCAAAUGCACUUCAAAUAACUUGCAUAUUUACUAUAUAAAAUGAUUGGCAAGUGCACUUUUUGCAAAGACAUAAAUACAUUGGCAGAGGUGCUAAUCAGAUGUUACCUAAGGCACCUGAUAGAUUUAUUUAGAGGGGAAAAAAUGAGUUUUCCACAUUGUUUUAUAGGAAAUUAAAUUUGUCCGAAGAUUUGGAAACUAUUUUUAAAACAUACAUAAAAUUUCAUUAUUUCUUGCUAUCUUGUUUGCUGACAGAAGAUAAAUGCAUUGGUUAAGUUAUUUGGGGGGAAAUUACGGAAGAAAAAAAAUCAGGCAGUGCAUUAAUUUUUUUCUUGUUUUGGAAUAUCCUAGUAACUGAAGAUCAAAUUAUAGCAAUGUGGCUAACACAGUUUCAAUAGCCCUCCACAUCUAAAAGAUUUAUUUUCCAUAUACUUAGAAGUAAUAGGUAGCCUUACCUUUUGGACAAUUUCCUGUUGACUUGCAUCUCAUUUUACUUAUUCUUUAAUAUAAAUCCUUCUAUUUCUCAGUAAUUCCUAAACCUGACAUCCUAAUAUGUCAUUAAGAUCAAUAAGUGACUUCUUGUAUGUGAUGUUAUGACAGUCUCUUAACAUUUUUUCUUAUUCUAUGUACUAGUCCAAGAAUUUGCUACUGAAUAGAUUCUCUUGGGUAGUUGGUUGCCUUGAAGUUCUGAGAUUUGUUGACAGAUUGUAAACCAUGUUCAUUUACGUUGAUGAAUGGCUGUCAAGUAAUAAUGAUUAUAAAGCACUUUGUAUAAGGUGCUAUGUAAAUGUGAAAUAUCAUCCAUUUGAAAAUGAAAUGCCUCUGCCUGACUUUCCAUAUUGGCUUAAGAAUUUGGUCCCAAAUUAUAUUUAAGUUCCCCUCCAGCCUUUUUCUUGCAUCAUGGCCAAUUUUUUUUUUAAAGCAAAAAAUUAUUGAAAUUAGAUUGGUUGGUUGGUUGGUUCUGGUUUUAGAUAGGUCACCUAAAAGAUUUUAUUUCAUGUACUUGCUAUUUGGAAGUUCAGGUUUCAUUUAGUCCUGUAUAUUACAUACAAAUGAAUAACACUAAAUCAAGCUACAUGUAAUUAAGAAUUUUCAGAAACCAUAUUCAGGUGUCUGACUUCAAAUUCUUUACUGAUUUUUUUAAGUAAAUUGACCUAUAAGUUAGUAGUGUUUUCAUUUGUCCUCAGAAACUGUACUUGAAGAAAAGUAUUAGAGUGUACACAGAAAUGAUUCCAUAUUCGUGCUAAUUUUUUACAUUAAAUACAGAAGUCUGAGUGCAGUGUGAAUGCUUCUGCCUGAUAAGACUGUAAAGCAGGAAGAAUUAGUAAUAGUGGAGAGAACCACAUGAAUAGAAUGCAUUGUGGGGUUUCAGGAGGCUAAGCAGACCUCAUCAACAUAAUUUUAACAAUAAAAGAUUAAAAACCAGUUAAGAGGGUUCUACCCAUGUCCCCUUAUUUCACAAAUACCAUAAGGAUUUAACUGUUUUAAAACAGGACAUUAACACUAACCUUGGUAACAUUAAUAUUAUUUGGAAAUUAUACUAUGUGCAGAAUAAGAUAGAUGAAAAUAAAAGAGUCUAUGAGCUAUUCAUUAAAUGGAUUGUAUCCUAUGAGAUGAGAAGUUUUCAUUUUAGUUCUAUAUUUACUGUCCCAGUCCUGGUCUCCUACCUACGUACCUACCUAUCCACCCACCCACUCAGAUAUAUUUCUCUGAAUGGGAGGGAGGAAAAGGUGCCAGGCUUUUAGAAGCAAGUUUAUUUCUUAUUUUGCUUUGGCAUCUUUGGCAUGCUGUUAUUUUGGUGUUUACAUUCACAACUUUCAUUUCCCUUUACCUGUAUAGUUUAGUAUGUUACUUUGAUUAGAUAGAAGAAAUUCUAUUUCCAAACAUUCUGAUAUUUUUUUUAAAAAGCAGGAAUAAAACUUAUCUGUAGCAGUAACAGCCCUGUUCCUCUUGCCCAGCUUUGGACAGGAUUUAUAAAUCACUAUUUCUCCAGUAAUGGUUAAUAAUUUCUCAGGAGGUUUGUGAAAGUCUUAGCGUGCUUUAUCUAGAUGUGAGCUAUACUGUGCUAUAUUUUUACAAAUUCCUCGUAUACAGUAGCUUCAUACAGUGGAGCUAGCCCUGGCCUCAGCAGUGGAGUAAGUACAGUGUUACUGCAUUAGGUUGGAAUGAUCCAUCCCUGCAGUGUUGAAUUCUUACAAAAAGCUUAUUUUCUGUUUUCCUUCUAACCAGGGUAAAAGAAUACAAAGUAAAUAACUAAAGAAUAUUAAAGAAUAACAUUUAUGUUCUGCAGUGUGUACUUAGAAAGUUUGUAAUUGGAAAAAAUCCAACAAAUAUCAUAGUUCACCACAUAGGAAAAGAGAAUAAUACAACUGUACAUUUCUUAAAAGAGUUUCAAAAACUCAGUCAUUUUAUCAUUUGUCUAAUUAUUUGAUAAUAACUGACAAAAGUCGCUAAAUAAAGGACCAAUGUUCCAAAA